AUGGAAGAGCUAAAAAACACGUUUGAUAUCUUCGAUAGAGAUGGAUCUGGAGAGAUCUCCAUUAAUGAAGUUCGUUGUACUCUCAAUGCAUUUGGAUUUUUUCCAUCUGAAGCGUUCCUUGGGGAGUGUCUGAGAAAAUUUGACUUGGAUAACAAUCGCCUCAUUGAUUUUGAUGAGUUCAAGUUCAUGUACGCCACUUUGAUGAAAGAUUCACCCAAGUUUGCGUCAGAAGAACUUCGCGAAGUUUUCAACACACUGGAAGUUAUUGAUAAGCGAAAAUGCAAUACAAAGGGAUACCACGGCAUGGGCUGUGACGAAGAUGGUUUCAUCUCGGACAAGGAAAACCCACUUUACUUUUCAAAUUACCUCCCCACGGGAAGUGUACCUGUCCAAGACGUGAUUAAGAUGCUCACAAUGAGUCAAGGUACUACGGAAGGGACGAAUGAGUCCUCUGCAAUUAGCGAAGAAGAAGCCAAAGCGUUCUUGUUGCAGUUCACAGAUGAUACCGGGAGAGUUCAGACAUCUGAUAUUGUUGCAUUCCUGGCUGAAAGCGAAUAA